AUUUAGCAGACUCUCAUUUUCUUAUACAACAUGACUUGCUUAUGUUAUGUCAAUCAAGAUGAACUAUACUUUCAUUGGUGACACUGUUUAAAGUUGCGCUCAGCUUUUCCCAAAGAUAAAGCAGCUCCCCAUCUCCCUCUUGUGGUUUAAAUGCUGCGUUCUAGUUGUACUCGGAGCUGGGAAAUUCCGACUUUCCUAGUCGGAAAGAUCAGUGGAAAGCGGUCGGGAGUCGGAUAAUUUCCCACUGGGGACAUGGGAACAUCUCCAAUUACCUCCAGUUACGGCUUGUAAGGCGGAUUUCGCGAUUCAAUGUGGGCGCUCCUCGUAUCAGGGAGGGUGUAAGUAAGGUGGUGGUAACACGUUUCUUUCACAAGGCACGUAUGUAAAAGUGCGUCUGGAAUCAACGUUAAACUGAAAAAUUAAAAGUGGUGUUUGCUUAUGGAAACCAAAGCUUAAAAUUAUGAUUGUAAAAAUCUAUUACAAACAACGUUUACGGGCGCUAACAUGUUGAAAUUCCGACGUCUUAACUAGAACGCUGUUACCUCGGGUUUCCAUAGGUAAUAAUAAAUAUUUUUAUCUUUAUUAUCAUCCAUCUGAGUUCUCCCUUCCCAGGCAACUGGAACGCAGCAGUUACCAGUUUGCUCCUUGCCCCUUCGUGUACUCUCGCGAGAUUCCGCGAGCUCCACUUUCUUGUGGUCCAGCAUGGCAGCGCUGUGUGAGGGAUACACGUUGUGCGGACUUGUUCCAGCUGUAAAUCGGCGAAGCUCUGAAAUUAAGGGCAUCGAAGAAGAGCGGGACAGCGACCAUGUGAUCGUCACUGACUCCAGCAGAUCUGUGACUCUGUACAAGGUGUCAGACCAGAAGCCAUUGGGCAGAUGGACAGUGAAACAGGGUCAACUUCUGACCUGCGCAGCGGUCUUCAACAAGCAGACCAAUGAGUAUGUGGCAGUCUCAGACAACAAGGUGAUAAGAAUCUGGAAAGAAGACGACAUCAUUUUAGACAAGGCAUUCAAAGCAACAGUGUCGGCAGAUGUCCAGUCGGUGCACUGUGCACACGGAGCCGAGCCUGCCGUCUUGUUUCAGAGAGGAGCUGUGAGACUUCUGGACUCCCUGCUUUCUGCUCCCCAGCAGCCUGUAGAGGAAGUCCUGGUUCAGGACGAAGCCAUCAGGUCCAGAACUCCUGUUGUUUUCACACAUCAUACACAAAAAGAAGAGAUUGCUUUAAAAAACACUUUUUAUUCACGAGAGAAAGCUGGUUAA